UCUCCCUCACUCGUCCUGUCUCUCUCCCCUUAUCUCCGCUCUGGUCUUCGGCGUCCGGUCUCCAAGACAACUGGUUACCACUAGCAACGGCGGGUGGGCGGGUUCAUAACUUAGCAGCCAAUAGCAGCCGAGCUUCCCAUGAUUGAUAGCCACAGCGACUAUUAAGUGCACAGGAGAAGCGCAGGAGGGAGGAAGUGACGUAUAGCUGGUGGAUGUCGGGGCGCAUGCGCGCUGUGCACAGGGUGACUUCCGGCUGUAGUGAGUGAAGGCUGUGGAGAAGAUGUGAGGCAUUUGGAGCCGUACAGAGACGUAUCUUGAAAGGUGACUGGCAGCGGUCCGCCAUGUCUGCCUCCGGGAGUAAGAGAGCCUCUGGAGAUGGAGCAUCAGGUCCUCCAGAGAAGAAGGCCAACCAUGAGGAGAAGACGCCCACAACACUCAUCGAGCCCAUCCGGCUUGGUGGCAUCUCCUCUACGGAGGAAAUGGACAUGAAGGUUUUACAAUUUAAAAAUAAAAAGUUGGCGGAACGUCUGGAGCAGCGUCAGGGGGUGGAGGACGAGCUGCGGGAGAAGAUAGAGAAGCUGGAGAAACGGCAAGCCACCGAUGAUGCCACGCUUCUCAUCGUGAACCGCUACUGGAGUCGGCUGGAUGAGAACGUGCAGCAGUUAUUGAAGGAAUAUGAAUCUGAGGCGGGGGUGCAGAGCGCUGAUGGGGCCCCCGAGAACAAGGAGAGUCCCCGAGACCCUGAGGCUGUGGAGGAGACCCCCACGGAAGUCAUGGACAGUAAAGACCCCUGUACACCUCCAGUUGUGCCGACGUCUCUGGCCCCAUCGGGCGUUCUCCCAGAAUCCUCUCUCACAUUUUUGGCUACCCUGGCCUGCAGCACCCCUGAGGAGAUCGAGCUGCAGCUGCAGGGGCGCAUGGAGUUCAGCAAGCGAGCCGUGUCCUGCAUCCUGAAGACUUCCAACAAGCUGCACGUCCAGAUGCAGGAGCUGUGCGAGCGCGUUCAUAGUGCCGACUGUGACCCGGUGGAUGAGGCUCUGCGGACUCCAAAUAAAGAUCUCUUCAGUGAGAAUCACAAGCUCCAGGACCUGGCCACCAUCCUGCAGGAGAAGCACCACCGCAUCUCCUUACAGCACCAUGAACUGCAGGACAGAGUCACCUCCUCUGAAACCAAAGUGUCUGAGAUGGAGCGCAGCAUUGAGGAUCUGCAGUGGGACAUCGAGAAGCUGCGCAAACAUGAGCAGAAGCUGAACCGCCACCUAGCGGAGGCCCUGGAGCAGUUAAAUUCUGGACACCACAUUUCAGGAAGUUCUGGAAGUUUCCAGGGAGGACAGACGACGCUGACUGUGCAGAAGUUUGAGAUGCUGAACGCAGAGCUGGAGCAAAACCAGGAUUUGGCCAAUAAUCGGAUGUGUGAGUUGGAGAAGCUGCAGAACGAGCUACAGGCGGCCGUGAGGCUGAAGGAGAAGCUAAAGCUGGAUCUGCGGACCCUCCCGGAGGAGGCGGUCAGGGGGACGCCAGAUUUCCGCUGUCUGCAGUCCCAGUUCUCUCUUCUCUACAAUGAAUCCCUCCAGGUGAAGACACAGCUGGAUGAGGCGCGCGCUCUGCUCCUCAGUACAAAGAACAGUCACCUCCGGCAGAUAGAGCGCAUGGAGAGUGAGGAGCUGUCGGUCCAGAAGAAGCUGCGCACAGAGGUCAUCCAGCUGGAGGACACGCUCGCCCAGGUCCGCAAGGAGUACGAGAUGCUGAGGAUAGAGUUUGAGCAGAAUCUGGCUGCAAACGAACAAGCAGGUCCCAUUAAUCGUGAAAUGCGUCAUCUGAUCGGAAGUCUACAGAACCACAACCACCAACUGAAGGGCGACGUCCAGCGGUACAAGCGCAAGGUGCGAGAUGCCCAAGGAGAGGUGAGCAAGAUGCGUCUUCAGGCUCCACAUUGUCCCAGCUCAGGAUUGUCCGGUGCUGAGGUCACCGCUCCGCCAAUUAAAGAGGAGGAGUCUCCAGCUGUAGAUGUGAAGAAGGAGCCACACGCCCCUGUGAUACGAGACCCAGAAACCCCGACCACCCCCGAGGUGAAGAAAGAAGAGGAGGAGCUAAAGAAAGAGCUGGAGCGGAGCAAGACCCGUGAGCGAGAACUGGAGCGGGAGCGCGAGAAGGAUCGGGAGCGGGAACGGGAGAGAGACAAACAGAAGGGAGAAGACCCCAAGAGGAAGGACUCCGACAUCCUGAAACCGCUCCGGGCAGAGCUCAAGAAAGCUCAGGAGAGUCAGAAAGAGAUGAAGCUGCUUCUGGAUAUGCACAAAUCGGCCCCCAAGGAACAACGUGAUAAAGUGCAACUGAUGGCAGCAGAGAGGAAGACCAAGGCAGAGGUGGAGGAGCUGCGGUUACGGGUUCAGGCUCUUGAAGAAAAGGAUCGGAGAGAGCGGAAGAAGCUGGCGGAUGAGGAAGCACUACGAAAGAUUAAACUGGCCGAGGAGCAAAUAGAACAUUUACAGCGGAAACUCAGUGCAACCAAACAGGAGGAGGAGGCUUUGUUGUCGGAGAUGGAUGUGACGGGGCAGGCGUUUGAGGAUAUGCAGGAACAGAACAUCCGUCUGAUGCAGCAGCUUCGAGAAAAAGAUGACGCCAACUUCAAGCUGAUGUCGGAGCGAAUCAAAUCCAAUCAGAUCCACAAACUGCUGCGAGAAGAGAAGGAGGAGCUGGCGGAGCAGGUGCAAGGCCUGAAGACUCAGGUGGACGCGCAGCUCUUACAAGUGCAGAAGCUGGAGGAGCGGGAGCGGGUUCUGCACACGUCACUGGCCACCAUAGAGAAGGAGCUGACCCUCCGGACGCAGGCCUUAGAGAUCCAGAAGAGAAAGGCGGUGGAAGCGGCUCAGCUAGCAGAGGACCUGAAGGUUCAGCUUGAACACAUUGUAAGCACGCUACGAGACACGCAGAGCUUUGUGUGCGACAACCGCUCCGCCAAGGAAAAGGAGUCCUUCAGCCUGAAGCGAGCACAGGAAGAGAUCUCACGCUUGCGAAGAAAACUGGAGAAACAAAAGAAGAUGGAGGUUUAUGCUGACGCUGACCAGAUCCUCCAGGAAGAGAUAAAAGAAUACAGAGCCCGUCUCACCUGCCCGUGCUGUAACACCCGUAAGAAGGAUGCCGUCCUCACAAAGUGUUUUCACGUCUUCUGCUUCGAGUGUGUAAAGACCCGAUACGACUCCAGACAAAGAAAAUGUCCCAAGUGCAACGCGGCUUUUGGCGCACACGAUUUCCACCGGAUUUAUAUCAACUAGUGGAGGGAAGAAGGACUGAGUGAUCUGUGGGUCACAUGGGGGGGAGGGGGAUCCUCUUUUCACAUUGGACAAUAAAGACCAAUAGGAUCUAGUAGAUUGGUUGGCAGGACAUGUGACCUCUCUGUAUUAUAUGUGUUACUCUCUGAUAAAAGUCAAUUGAGGUAGAGGU